ACAUUCCGAGACUCACCUCCCAAGAACAUCGAUCGCACCUCCAAACCGUCAAUCCCGUGCAUUUUUCCCGCUAUACUGGGAUCAAGGAAGCGACAAGCAUCCUCCAGGUCUCGCGAAGCCUCAUACAACACCAUCCGCAUCAAUACCUUGGAUCCGAUUGGUUCCUGAACUCCGUCUUAUCGCAUCGAACGUUUGCCAAACCUCAAGAUGAAGCCCAUCGUGUCUGCUUUGAACGCAUGGUCAUGCGUUGUCAUCUCGUUCUUUGCCGUCAUCAUCCUCUCCGUCCUCGGAACGUUAUACCAGCACGACCACCCCGGUUACACCGGCUCUGAUGGCGACCCGGAGAAUGGCCCUGCCGUUGCUGCCUCGAUUUUUACCGCCGUGAUUGUAUACGCCGCAUUCUUCGUCUUCUGUGCUUUCCAGGCCUACCUCCAUAUCCGAGCUAGUAGGGGUGGUGCCAUAUCACUGAGCUAAAGCUUGCCGAUUGAUUUUGAAUCUACAAUUUUUGAUGAAGGCCUCUGUUUCUUUUCUUUUGCUUUGUCUGUCUGGUUUAUUACUAUGCGUGGGAAUCUCGGCUUGGUUUGGACGAUACACUCGGUCUCAUAAGCUGCGCUGGUUGCGGAAAUCGCCAGUCUGCCCUUAUAUACAAGACAACUUUCAACGGCUGAGAUAUGAUGCAUGGUAAUGGAGAAAGGCUGGGUUUCUGUGGUUUAUCUUGCUAUAUGGUGUUGAUUCCGGUGUUUCUUUUACU